GCUGUGUUGACUGAAACGUCGAAAUGCGUUUGAUAAAUGGUGCAAUUGCGUGUAUUUGAGUGGGAUUGGACGCAGCUAUUCCUGCCCAGAUGACGAGUGGACAAGGGCCAGAUGGAAGGGGUGGUCCCUUCACGACUGUGUAUUGCUCACAUGAAUUCAGGGGGGUCCAGCGCAGGAAAGGAAAAAGACAGUGCAACGAUUUAGAAAAGUGAUAGGUGGUCGAGUUCUGUUUGGCUAAUGUGACUUUUACGCACAAGCUGAGCUUUCUUUUACUAGAAGAGGAGAGAUGGCUACCGGCUGGGGGAUACAGCAGAGCAUUCCCAAACUCUGAGUCUCUCUCGAAUAUAAUCAGGAUACCGAGCGAGCGUCCAUUGUGUGGGAGCUGACAGACAGGAGCACUGACGGCUUCCAUGGGAGUUAUAUGGUCCUGUGCGAACUCCAGCAGUGGGUGUGUACUGUGCCCUUAGUGACAGUCUCCCCCUCAGUCAUUGGACUUGAUCUCUGGGACCGAUGCCCAUUGUGCCGGCAAUAGGUAAAUAGGUUAUCAGUCUCCAAGAAGCCUGAACUGCAGGAGUUGCAAGCCCAACCUAACCACCACCAAGUGUUCCUGCACAGCUGAGUGCCAGCGCGUUUCUGUGCCAGUGGCACUGUGUGAUUUGCAGUUUAUAUGUAGGGGACAUUCCUUGUACUCCCAGAUGAGCACGGAGAAGCACAAUCUUUCAGCAGCUCCUAUCAGAAGCAGUCCCGCCACAGGGACUGUACAGAGCGCACCGAUGAGCCAGCAAUCCGCAGCCAUGGACACCACCUCCUCCUCCUCUUCUAAGAACAAAAAGCCAAAUUCAGGGCUCCGGCGCCCCGAAAAGCCCCCUUAUUCCUAUAUCGCCCUGAUAGUCAUGGCCAUCCAGAGCUCUCCUACCAAAAGACUCACCCUGAGCGAGAUCUACCAGUUCCUGCAGGCCCGAUUCCCCUUCUUCAGGGGCUCCUACCAGGGCUGGAAGAACUCUGUGCGCCACAACCUUUCCCUAAACGAGUGCUUUAUUAAGCUGCCCAAGGGGCUUGGAAGGCCGGGCAAGGGCCACUACUGGACCAUUGACCCCGCCAGUGAGUUCAUGUUUGAGGAGGGCUCGUUCCGCCGCCGACCCAGGGGCUUUAGAAGAAAAUGUCAAGCCCUAAAGCCCAUGUACAGGAUGAUGAACGGCAUUGGCUUCAGCACUUCCAUUUUGCCCCAAGGCUUUGAUUUCCAGGCCCCACCUGCGUCUCUGGCCUGUCACAGUAAUGGCUACAACCUAGACAUGAUGUCAAACUCUAUGGCUGCUGGCUAUGAUGGCUUAGCCGGGGGGCACCAUGUUCCACACAUGUCUCCCAACCCUGGCUCUACCUACAUGGCCAGCUGUCCUGUGUCUUCCACUGGGGAUUACGGGCCAGACAGUAGCAGUAGCCCAGUGCCCUCUUCCCCUGCCAUGGCCAGUGCUAUGGAAUGCCAUUCUCCUUACACAAGCCCCACGGCUCACUGGGCAUCCUCAGGUGCAUCUUCUUACCUGAAGCAACAGGCCAUGCCCCCCAGCAACGCCGCCUCUGCUGCUGGCAUCCAUUCUGGCGUCUCGCCCUACUCCCUAGAACAGAGUUACCUCCACCAGAACCCCCGGGAGGAUCUGUCAGUGGGACUGCCCCGGUACCAGCACCACUCCUCUCCAGUGUGCGACAGGAAAGAUUUCGUCCUUAAUUUUAACGGGAUUUCUUCUUUCCACCCGUCUGCCACUAGUUCCUAUUAUCACCAUCAUCACCAUCAAAGUGUUUGCCAGGAUAUAAAGCCCUGUGUGAUGUGAGAAGCCGGAGAACAGCGAACACAAUGCGCUGCGCGCGCCGCUCACAGGCAGUUCAGUUCCGCGCUGUCCUAGCGCACCCUGCGGUUUCACGUCGCGCAACGACGCAACGAGUUUGUGAUGUACUCUUUCUACAGUACACGCAGGACUGCUCAGCUAACGUGGGGAUAAUAAUAACUUUAGGUAUGUUUACAGUUGAAUUCAGUUGGCAAAUUCUGUAAGCAGAUGGCAGAGGAACUCUAGUACCAUGCCAAGUAAAAGUGUGGAUUUCCUGUUGUUGUUGUUCUACUACAAAUCCCAGAAUCCUCUGUCAGUAUGGGCUUCUGCAAAGCAGGAUGCUUGGUACUGUUGUCCAGUAAUUCAUUCAUGAGUGGAGUUCCCAAUAAUGUUGUCUGUUCGAUUUUCAACUGUAUGUGUUGUUUGGACUCAGAAUAAAUUUUUUUUUCUUUUUUUUUUUUAAUAUCAAGUUAACUAGGUUUUGUGAUUUUGUCUGAGGGCCUGGCCCAGUCACAUUUUGUUUUCAUUGGUAAUGUGUGAAGCUGUAGUAAAAGAAAAGCAUGUCCUAUAUUUAUGUGGCAAAACUGCACUUAUAGAUGGAAUCUCUCCUUUUCCUCCUUUGCAGAGAAAACAGGUAAUGAGGAACUUAUAAAAAUCCACUUUGUGCACACAGUGUAUAUCCAUAGACACUGUAGGAGGAAUAUAGCCAUCUUAAUGAGCACAUAGCCAAAGCCCUUCAGGAUUGGAUACAACACAAUGGGCAAAGUUUGAGAAAUGUCUGCUUAGUCCUGAAUUAUAUGGUGGGACCCCACUACCUCUAUAUUUCUAGUUCUAGGGCCACAGAGCACUUGUAGGACAAGUCACAUCAUCUUAUGAAAAAUGUUCUGUUGAUAUACAGUGUUUGAUUUUAGAACCAAUUAGUAUCACUUUAGAAUAUCCAUUAACAGUUAAUAAUAAUGUAAUGUGCGUUAUAAAUGAUCAGCAUGUUAUUUCCAGGCAAUUUGUGUACGAUUUAUGUUGUCCACAUAUAGAGAGUUAGAACCUCCUCAUUUUGGUCUGUCCACCCACCUACGGUAAGCGUAGUAAGAGUUCCUCAAAAACAAACCUACAAUCCCAUAAAUCUGACCUAUGUUUCCCAUUAGUACACUUGCAUACAGCAUCAGCAGACUAGGAACUGACUGAAGCUGGACCUAGUACUAUUAACCAAAAGGGUGGUUCAAUGCAACAGAUUGUCCACGGUCCCACGAUGUGGGAAAAUCUUACAAUAUCCAACAACAGGGUCUUUGACUUAAUCAGUUAGAGUUUGACUGAUCAUAAGCGUUUAUGCCUGAUGUGUCCAGUCACAGAUUUUCUAGAUCUCUAGGUUUCUUAUAAUGUGAAUUUAAAAUGUAUUUUUUCCUCUGAAACAUAUGUACUCUAUUUGUCCAUGCAAUAUGUACAAUGUAUGAUAUUGCAUGCUUUGGAAAAUAUAGCAGAAAUAAUGACCACUAUAUCCAAGCUUCUGUGCUACAGAGAAAUAACUUUUAUCUUUUAUCCUUAUUUCUAAUAGUGGCUCAAAUAGUCCAACAUGAAGGGUGAGCCUCUGGAGGCAGGGUACUAGUAAUGUUUCAAAAACCCCUAAACUUGCUUUAAAGUGUGGAAACGACAGUGCACUUUGUGGCAUAGUUCCUCCAGUGCUAUUCUCUUUGUAUUUUCAGCUGCCUCCAAAGCAAAACACACUGGAAAAAUGUCACAACAAAAGAGUACAAUUUUUUAGUUUCUAAAUACAGUCUAUAUAUACAGUUAUGGGACCUGUUAUCCAGAAUGCUUGGGAACUGGGGUUUUCCGAAUAACGGAUUGUUCUG